AUGAAAACCAACCCGGCCAGCGGAAACAACAUUGCGCAGUGGAUAAUAUACAGCAGCGCGAUCUCUGCGGUUAUCUAUGGGAUGUAUAAAUACCUCAAAUACGCCCGGGUGACCCCAGAAGGCCUGAAAGACGAAGGAAAUUUCCUCUAUUUAGAAAAAGACUAUCAGAAGGCCUUGCAAAAGUACAGCGAAGCUCUUGCCCUUAUUGAAGAAAUGGGGGACCGUGCAGAUACCGAAGUCGCCAAAACAAAAAUCAAGGUGCUGAAUAACAUAGGGCAGGUGCACUUUAUAACAAAAAACUAUGCGCAGGCACGGGAAUACGCCGAGAAGGUGCUGAGCAUUCAGCCUAUCCACUACAACAGCUUCAAGCGCCUCGCAAUGCUGGAAGAGCUUGGGCAGGGGCACGGAGGCACGAAGGGGCUGUCCAUUUUGUAUGCGUUUCUUAUUGUCCAGAAGCACUUUGGCUAUCAGAAGGAGCGGAAGAAGGCCGUCUCUGGAAAGAGCGAGGCAGAGCCCAGCACGAUAAGCGCGCAGCAGGACCCGGGCAAAAAGCCUGCCGAGGAGGAGAAGCUGGAGGCUUCCAAGUGGGACAAAGUUCUAAGCAGCAAAAUAGAGCAGCUGUCCCAGCAGAAGGCGUCUGAGAUAGAGGUGAGCGAAGACUUUUCUGUGUCCUUCGUGAGGCUGGAGGAGCUUCUGUGCGGGUUCAACCGGACGCUGUGGAGCGAGUGCUUUGGAAGCCCCGCAAAGGCCGACAGAAGGCUUCUGAAGUGGGUCGAGGAAAAGGACUACAUGGCAGUGGUCAAGCAUCUGGACUCGACCCCAAGAGAAAAAUGCACGAGCAGGGGCCUGUUUGUUGCAGGGUGCAUACGGCACAUCCAGGGCAAAAACAGCGAGGCUGUCAUGCUCUUCGAUCUCGUGAACAAUCCAUUCGGGGAAGUUCUCUCUCUUUACAUCCAGAGCGUAUGCAACAUGGCAGGCGGCGUGGAAAAGGAAAAGCUUUUGAAAGUUAUGAACAGGAAAGACCCGAUCAUAGAGAUGUAUCUUAUACAAAUGAGCAUGAAGACGGGGGCGUAUCCAGGCGAGUACUUGGCCAACCUCAUAGACAUGCAGAACAAAGAGAUUAUUUCGCACCCGUUCAUAGUGAACAUAAAGAUGCAGUUUACAAUGGGAGAGCACAAAGAGGCGCAGAAAACCUUCAACAAGGCGCUUUCCCUGUUUCCGCAGGAUGUGAACCUUUUGUGUGCAGGAGUUGAGAUGCUUUCUGCGCGGAUAGAGGAAAUAAUGUCCACCGACAAGAAGGCAAGCAGCGAAGGCAUUGAGGCCAGCGCAAGCUGCAGAGAAGAGUACGCCAUGCUCACAAACACGCUUUCUCUCUUGGCGCAGAAAGAGUUUGCAAACUCCCCGCGGAGCGCCUUUUUUAGAUACAUAGGGUACAACACGCUACGGAUGAAAGAGGCUGCAGGUCAGGCGCUGGACCAGGCGGUUUCUCUGGACCCCUACAACAGCAUACUUCUUAUCCAGCAAGGAUACGCGAGAAUAGACGCUGGCGACGCCUCAGGCCUCGCACUUUUUGAGCAGGCGGCCAAACUGUCAGGCGAGUCCGCAGCCGAGACGUACAAGCUGCUGUACACCUUCAAAAGCAUAUAUUUGCUGCAGGAACACUUUCCGCACGUGGCCGGGCUGGCCUUGGUGAACAAAGCCGGACAAAGCAGCCAUAAAUAA